CUUCCUAAACAGUCGGAACGGCACAGUCCGCGAACAGUCCUCGUCCGAUUCAGAUCAACCUGGAGGUUUGCGUUUACAGAAGCACUCAAUAGUUUUGUCAAGUCUUGUCUUUUGCUUUGCAAAGUUCAUCAAAUUCAACAAUGAAGGCCUUCGUGUUGGGAUCAGUGCUCCUAGUUGCUUCGAUGUGCUCCGGAUCGUACAUUCCUGCUGACACUCCUGAAGUGGCCGCUGCCAAGGCUGCUCAUUUCGCUGCCCAUGCCAACGCCGGUGUUGGUGGUGGUCAUUGGGACCAUCAUGAAGCCCCUGUUCAGAAGUGGCACGGACCCAUCCACAUCCCAGUGAUCCACAAGGGUGUCCCAGUCGAAACACCAGAAGUUCAACACGCUAAGGCUUUCCAUGCUGCCGCUUACGCCAAGGUCGCCGGAUAUGCUCACCAUGAUGCCCAUCAUGACGUUCACCAGGACAUCCAUCACGCUCCAGUCCAUCAUGGAGCCGGAGCCUGGCACGGACCCCAGCACGUUCCAGUCAUCCACAACGGAGUCCCAGUCGAAACCCCAGAAGUUCAGCACGCCAAGGCUUUCCAUCUGAACGCUCUGGCCAGCGCUGGUGGUCAUUCGUAUGGACCAGCCUCCUGGGCCGAUCAUGGCAACGGACAUGAAGAUGAUGGCUCCUACAAGCCACAUUUGUACGAAAGCGGACAGUACUAAACACCGUGCCAAACACCUCAAAUCCACAAAUGCCAAACCCUAGGAUAUAGCCAAUUGUAGAAUACUCUCUUCACUCUGUCCAUGCCUGAUGCCUUGGAGCGACUACCAUAAGAAGACCGCAUUUCACAAAAGCACGUGCACGCGCUGAAAUCUACACACAACUAUUGAGUGCCACGUAGAAUUGUCAAACCCGAAGAAUUCUCCCGCAUGUGUCAACCUUCCAACAUUGAUAAAGUGACCAACGAAUGCAUUACCGGAAACAACAUCCAUCGGAACAGACAGCGCUUCGUUUCAAAGCUUGCGGGAGUAGCUUCAACCAAUCGCUUAGCAACAUCAGAUCGAUCGAAGACUACUUAGAUCCAAAUCUAGAUAACACAUGAAGAGCAAUCAUUAUCUCAAAGAGAUGUGAAAAAAAUAAGUAAAGCGCACAGCCGUGACGUACGCCCUCUGUAAAUAAUCUUGUUGAAUGAACUGAAUGGAAAUACCAAAUGAAAUGCAAAGCAAAAGAUUUAAUGAAUCCUA